AAGAAGAGAAUCCAAGUGAGAAGCAACAUGCACGAUGCAGCAGCGGCUCCCCAGCUUACCAGUCUCCCUACUCGGCGUCCAAGUACCAGUCGCCAGUAGCCUUUCACGAGUCGAAGCGUCGGGUGUUCGACGCGUUCGCGGACUCGUUCUGGCAGCCGGGGCGUUUUUUAACUGUACACAAAACAUCCACAACCAUCCCUUAUCGAGAUAUACACGACAGGAAGUGAUAAUCGCGGUCUCGUUAAAAAAAAAAAGACUUGAUGAACUGUGUCUGACUCUCGGCGUGAUUCCUGACACUGGGAACGUUCCCGGUGACAACCCUCAGGACAAUCUAGACAAUUAAUUAUUUCCCACGUACUCGUCAGUAGGGAUAAUAGCGGUCUCGUGUUGACUUCCUUCUCUUGUUUACGAGCCAUCCGCGUACGCGAUACCGAUCCAAGCUCUUGUCAAACCUAAUUCCGAACGGGCCACACGAUUUUCUUUUGUUUUCGGAACAAACCCGCUAUCCACAGCGUCGCGAUUCUGUGAUUGUUUUUUUGCGAGUGUCUUGUGCCAUGAAGACGGCUGUUGCGGAGUAGUGUCUUGGGGCUUGGCUUGAGGAAAAGCAGCUGGCAGGAGAAUGAAGUCUAGAACGUGGAGAGCCGCUCCUUUCAGAUUCGCCUCAUGGAGGAUCCUCGCAGCUUCGCUGCUGGCCGUCGGAGUCGCGAGUAACAACGUGAACGAGCCGCCCGUCCUGGACUCUGCAGGUUACCCCAGUGGUCUGCCUUUGUCAGAAGCAACGACCGUCGGUUCAAAAGUAUUCACUCUGAAAGGUCACGACCCCGAGGGCUCCCCGGUGAAAUAUGGGAUCCAGCUGACGGACAAAUUCGUCGUCGAUCCACAUACAGGUGUCAUUACCCUGGCAAAGCCCUUGGACAGAGAGGAGAGCGACACCAUACGCUUUCGCGUCACUCUCGAGGAUCAGGUGCCGGAGGGUCAGCAGCCGAACAUCGUUGGGGUGGACGCGAACGUCAUCGUCCUGGACGAAAAUGACAACGCCCCACGCUUCAUGGGGGCGCCGUACGAAGCGGUGGCUGCCGAAGACACACCACCUGGGUCAACGAUACUGCCCGGCAUUAAAGUCACGGAUCCUGACCUGCUCGGCGAAAAUAUCGAGCUCUCCUGUAUACCGCAGCCGCAGUUUCCUGAUGCCUGCGAGAAGUUCGGGAUUGUCGACGUGGAGAAGAGCGAGAAUACCUACGUAGGGGCGUUGGUCCUGCGACAGACACUCGACUACAGGGAGAGGCCAUUCUAUCAGCUGCUCCUAUUGGCCAGCGACGGCACUAAUAACAGCACCACCGGAGUGGAGAUCAAGGUCGCUGACAUUCAGAACACUCCGCCUGAAUUCAUUGACUCCCUGACCGGGGUCGUGCGAGAGGACGAUCCCAUAGGGACUCUGGUGAUGACUGUGAAGGCGCGCGAUGGCGAUCGCGGAAUGCCCAGGAAGGUGGUCUACCAGCUGGUGACAAAUCCGUUCGACUAUUUUCUCUUGGAUGCUGAGAGCGGCGAACUUAGGACGGCGAAACCGCUGGACCGCGAAGCCUUGGAGGAUUCGACGGGAGUGUUGACACUCACCAUCAAGGCUCAGGAGGUGAUCGAUGGGGUUUCCGGUAAUGACAAUUUGACAGUAUCCACGGCGGAAGCGACUGUCACCAUUAAAGACGUUAAUGACGAACCGCCUACCUUCAAUCGACGUGAAUAUAACAUUGAGAUUCCGGAAAAUGUUCCCGACGGCACUCCACUGCCCAACCUGGACAUGUCCGUCAAGGAUCCGGACGUAGGUCAGAAUUCUGUAUUCUCUCUGAGAUUGGAUGACUUCACCGGAGCAUUCACGGUUGAGCCAACAAUGGCCACCGGUAGCACGGCAGUCAACAUACGGGUCACCAAUGGCUCCCUGGACUACGAGAAUCCGAAUCAGCGAAAAUUUAUUAUUCUGGUCAUUGCCGAGGAGGUUCACACGGAUCCGAAGCUAUCGUCAACGGCUACAGUGAUCGUCACCAUUACCGAUGCCAAUGACAAUGCUCCUUCCUUCAGCAGCCCGCCUUAUACGGCCGACGUCUCCGAAGUAGCUGCUCCUGGAACAACUGUGGCGACUAUCACUGCCAAGGACCGUGACAGCGGACGCUACGGGACGGCCGGUAUAGUCUAUCAGCUGCUGGGCACUGGCGCCGAACACUUUUCCGUCGACAAGAGAACUGGAACCAUCGUCGUAGCCCCCUGUCCAACCCCAGGAACACCACCCUGUCUCGAUUACGAAACUCAAUCCGAAUACUUCCUAACGUACAAGGCGACCGAUGACGACGGCAAGGGUCAGACCACCAGCGUCGACCUCUUGGUGCGUCUCUUCAACGCGAACGACAGUCCACCGCGAUUCCUUCAAGAGAAGUAUCGCGCUGUGAUCGACGAGGGUGCCGAGAAAUUCGAACCGGAACUGAAAGUCCAGGCGCGAGACAGAGACAAGGCCUCCCAGAUCACCUACUCCUUGGUCGGUGGAAACGACCAGGGUCUUUUCGCGAUAGACCCAGACACCGGGGAGAUAACGAUCGCCAACAAGAGUCCUCUGGACGUGACCAAUGCCACUCGCGAUUGGAUAGCUCUUUCGGUCGAGGCCAGCGACGGUACCUUCACGGAUACUGCCCUCGUCAACGUCACCGUGCGAGACGUUAACAACAAUGCCCCAGUCUUCCCGCAUGAUCUAUAUACGGCUAGUAUACCGGAGACAUCGGCCAUAGGAACCGUCGUCGAUGAGAUUACUGCUACCGAUGCGGAUAGCGGCAUCAACGCAGAGCUUGUGUAUAGAAUUCAGAAAGGAGCUUCUGACGAUUUUGCCAUAAAUUCUAGCACCGGGGCUAUCACGGUCUCACGUAAGCUCGACUUUGACGAGAGGAAUACCUACCAUGUUGAGGUCAUCGCUUUUGAUGGUGGAACGCCAAGUCUUACCGGAACCACCACGCUCAUGAUAAAAGUGGAGAACAGUAACGACAAGCCACCUUAUUUCACGCCGGAGACCCAACGGGCCGAGGUCACCGAGGAUACCGCUAUCGGGACUGUAUUCGCAACCCUCAAGGCUGUAGAUCCUGAUAGCACCGUUCCCGAGGCACUGAAUUUCGCUAUUUCUGAACCGAUCACUGCCAUCGAUAGGAACGGCCAACAAGUCACGGGCGAUAAUAGGAGCUUCAAGGACUUUUUUGCUGUGGACAGAAAAACUGGACAGGUUUCCGUUGUCAGACCUCUGGAUAGAGACAUCGCUGCUACUGUCAGCAUCACAGUCGUUGUCACGGAUACCUCCGCACCGACCCUCCAACAGGGAAUGGGCACUCUGGUGGUUACUAUUAUUGACGUUAAUCACAUGGCACCGGAAUUUGCAAAGCCAUGGACAAGAGAGGAUCCACGUUAUUCCAUUGAAAUGCAGGAAGAACAACCGACUGGCGCAGUGGUUGGUGCAUUUACUGCUACUGAUGCUGAUAGCAAUAUCGCAGGAUAUGCCAUUGAACCGCCGAGUUCCUACUUUAAGAUAGAUAACGUCACUGGCAUAGUGCGAACCAGUCAGGUUAUCGAUUACGAAGAAACCAAACAGUUGGAGUUCACAGUGGUGGCCUAUGACUCUGGUGUUCCUCAACUUUCAUCAUCCGCCAAAGUCACUCUUACUGUCAUCAAUGUGAAUGAUCAGUCACCGCAGUUUGAACGAGAGUCCUACAACGCAUCCAUUGAAGAGAACUCACCCCCUGGCACUCACGUGACUGUCGUAAAAGCUCGUGACAGUGACGAGGGUGUCUUUGGUCAAGUCAGCUACAGUCUAAUCGGAAAGAAUGCCUCUGACUUUAAUAUAGGGCACGAGACCGGCGAAAUAACAGUUGGCGGCGCUACGGUGCUUGACAGAGAGAUAACACGAGAUAUUACAAUCACCGUGAUGGCAAGCGACGGGGCGCCAUUGAAUUCCAGAAAGAGCACUACGGUCCCCGUUCAUAUAAAAUUGAUUGAUGUUAACGACAACAGACCCAUAUUUAGUCAGCACAGUUACAGAGCAUCCGUUGCUGAGAAUUUAUCUGUCAAUCCACCAGCUCCCAUUCUUCAGGUGAGAGCAUCAGACCCUGAUGAGGGACUCAACGGCGAGGUCUGGUACACGAUCGUCAGUGGAAAUGAGAACAAGUCGUUUGUCUUGAAUCCAGAAACUGGUAUCCUUUAUCCAGGUGUCGCUCUGCUGGGUAGAGCAGGCACGUACAGAAUCGAGGUGGAAGCCAGGGACGGUGCCGGAAGUGGACCACAUUCUGACAAAUGUUCUGUCGAUGUCAGAGUCCUGCCCGUUAAUCAGCACAAGCCCGAGUUUAUUAUGCCUGAAUUACCAAAUGCCACAGUUGAAGUUCCAGAAAAUGCCGGAGUGCCAAAUUACUUAGUAAUGACUGUCAAAGCCUCGGAUCGUGAUCCUGGGGAAAAUGGAAGGGUAGGUUACCACUUGAAAGUUGGUAACAAAAACGUGCAAGAAACUGAGGAGUUCACGAUCGAUCGAGAAACCGGUGAACUGCGUGCCAAAAUAAUACUUGACCGUGAGGUCAAAAAUAAAUUUGAACUUGUCCUGGUAGCGGCCGAUCAUGGCAGUCCGACUACGUAUGAGACGCUACGACUGCUGACAGUGUUGCUGGUAGACACGAACGAUAAUGUACCUCAAUUUUACGACGAGUACACGUUCAACGUGCCGGAAAAUCGUCCAAAGGAUUACUUCGUUGGUAAAGUGAUCGCCGAGGACAAGGACGAGGGUAGACACGCGAGGGUUUAUUACUAUAUAGAAGCAGGAAACGAGGAGCGUGCUUUCUAUAUUGAUAAAUCAGACGGUAGCAUCUAUACGAAUAAAUCGUUUGACCGUGAAACCCGAGACAGUUAUGUUUUGUCAAUCCUUGCUGCCAAUGAUCCUGAUCUGUACGUGGGAUCUGGUGAUAACGGUAGAAUAACAAUGGCUGAUACUGACCACGGUCACGUGAACGUCACUAUCGUGAUUCUCGAUGAGAAUGAUAAUCCCCCUGUCUUCGAGAGAAGCGAUUACUACGCGGGAAUCAAUUCGAUGGCCAACGUUAAUGACGUAGUAGCUAAGGUCACUGCCUCUGAUCCCGACCUAGGCGACAAUGGGACGCUCCAUUAUUAUGUCGCCAGUGCAAAUUUGUAUAAGUAUGGAUCCGAUAAGCUGAGCGGUGCUAUUGUUCCUAGCCCCUUCAGUGUGACCCAGGAUGGCAAAGUCCUUACCAGUGGCUACAUGGCUGAGUACAACCAGGACAGAUUUAUCGUGGAGGUUAUCGCCAAAGAGACGGCAUCACCGGAGCGAUACGCACUCACCAAAGUUCACGUCUGGGUAUUCGAGCCAUCGCAAUUGAUAAGGGUCAUUCUCUCGCGACCUCCCGAGGAGGUCAACAGGGAACGGGAUGAGAUAGUUGCAGAAUUGUCCAACGCUACUCAGAGCCGAGUAGUUGUCGACGAUAUCAGAUAUCACGUCGACGCUUCCGGUCAUAUACGCAGAGAUUGGUGCGAUAUGUAUCUACAUGUAGUGGAUACCAAUGCCCAGACCAUUGCACCCGUGCCCCAAGUACUCAGAGUCAUAGAUGCUAAAUACGACUUCCUCAAGGAGUAUUACACUGGGUUCGCCAUAGAAAACGUUGUGCCGGCGUAUGUGGGAGCGCAGGAGGAACCAUUUGAUCCAGCUCUAGCUGCUUUAAUAGCACUGCUGGUGGUUUUACUGGUUGGUGCCGUUACAGUAACGGUGGUGUGCUGUUGCUUACGUCACUGGGUAAUAACCGUACCGAGUGAUAUACGGAAGAAGGAUGGUUUAAUCAAGAAGCAAAUCAUCGAUGAACUGAACACUACAGAGAAUCCAUUAUGGAUUGAGCAGAAAUUGAAGAUUUACGAAGAACAAGAACUGACUAUGCAAGUAUUCAGCGAACCGGAAGCCGGUCUUGGCACUGAGAGACGCGGAAGUGGUGUGAGUGUCGGUAUGGGUGAUACGUCACAAGACAAUACUUAUGCUACCAUUCAGCACCCAUUACCACCAAACAGACAUCGACCAACCACUCCUGACUAUACUACCCUUCCAGGAAAUCAUAAUCUCUACGAAUCAGCAAUGGGAUUCCAAGGAUCAACAUUCCAGCCAGCGACCUCAAACGUCGUUCCUCAGUUAACUCUGAAUCGCGAUGGUCAACCACAGUUCGUUUCUGGGCUCGUGUAAAAUGGUGCUCACAUAAGAAAGAGUGAGAGAAAGGGAGAGAGAGAGAGAGAGAGAGAGAGAGAGAGAGAGAGAGAGAGAGAAUCUCUUUGAUCAAUACGUACUCUCGUCGUCGUACACCGUUUCUCUCCGUCUCCGUCCUCGUGAGACUAAGGAUUCUUUGACGAGAAACGCAUUUGGCGCGCAUGUGCCACUUUGACAAUAACCGGGUAGUAUGGUGAAGAUUGCGUGGAGGGAAACGCUUGUCCAGAGGAUGCUGCGACUCUCGGGGAUAUCUCCGAAGAUGACUCUUAAUACUAUUAUACGUUGGACAUGGUCCCGUAUUUCAUAUGCUCUCUGACCUUUGGACUUUUCCCCCGAGAUUCUCAAAACGAACGAGUGCUACUCGCAACUCUGGGAGCAGCCAUGAGACGGGGAGCCACGAUGAUCGGCCAUUGAUAAUUAUAAUUGAGUAAACAUUACCUAUAGCCGGUGUGUGCAUGUAUAUAUGUGUGCGUUGCCAACCUGGGUCCUAUCUAACGUAAUUAGGGUAACUUUAGAAACGAAAGAAAGAAAUGUUGCAUCAUAGUCACUGUGAAAUAAACGACCGAAGCUUGGCACGACAGAUAUAUGUAUAUAAUUGAAUGUGUAGAUUCCGUCUAGCCCAAUUCCCUAUCGUUUCUUUCUAUUUUUAAUUCAAGGCAAAUGAGCCUUUCAUGUCUUCCUCGAAGUUUUAUGUUUACAAUGGCAUCUCGUCGCGAUCGUGCAGCUGCUCAAAUAAUAUAUCACUCGGAACUUAAUAGUCACCUUUGUUACUCGCACCUAUAGAAAACUCCGAGUUUAUCAAUGCCGCUGUCCUGGUACGCAUUUAUUAAAUCUUAUUUUUCAACCUUCAUUAGAAUCGAUCGGCAUACGAUCACCGAUCUGAUCGCUGCGAGGUACGCCAACUCAUUUUUAUAGUACUCGGGCGAAUCGCGGGCGAUGGGCGGACAUAGUCAUAUCAUAGGUAAAUAUAGGUGAAUUAGUGGCACUGAUAAGGAUUUUCGAUAUCGUGUUAUACACGCGCGUCAUCUUGAACUUCCUCGAUAGAAAAAAAAUUGGCACGUCCUUCGCUUUAAUGCAAUACCGAUACAUCGACUAUUCCGUUCCAGAGGAAGUAGGGAUGCUCGAAAUUUCUUAAAAGUGAUAUAGUCGCCCUACGAUGUAUCUCGUACUCGAAAACAAGUAACUUAACUCGGAUAAGUUAAUUACCAAGAAUGUUUAAUAUAAUAUUACUAUUGAUACUAUAUAAUAUUAUUAGAUCGUUAUAUGAGUUAUGAUUGUUCCAGUUAUUAGUGAAGAAAAACUGUCUGUUUAUCGAUUACAAACUGAUUGUAAUAUUGUAACAUAUUUUAUGUAAGCAAUUAAUAUAAAAUAUUCGUACUUGA